AUGCCAGCCAUGAGCCUGAAUCUCGGUGUAAACGUUUGCGUUCCUGUUUCUGCCCACUUUUUAAGGAAGACAAGAGCUGUAGAACUCCUUCGGGGACGUUUUGACUUCAAUGCUCCUCGUCUUAGGCUUAAUGGUAUUACCACUGCAAAGAGUACAGACGCUAAGAAUAAGAUUCUCUGUAAUGUAGUUUUUGAUGAGCUACCAGACACUACCUUCGUACUUUAUGGAACCUCUUUGAAGCAUGAGGGUCCCAUAGUUAGACAAGAGACCAUUGAUAACCAUUCCAAUACUGCUACGACGGUCAGCAACAACAAUACCCCAGAGGAAGACGGUAAUCUGGAAGACGCUGAACCCAGAAAUGAGGAAGAGGAAGAGGAAGAGAUUCCAGUGUGCGAUGAGGUCUAG